AUGUAUCUGGGGGUAGACAUGCGACAAAACACACCAGUCUGCAUCGUUCUCACACGCACAGCAGAAGGUCUUAUUUGCAGCGAACCUUGGUUGUUGACGUACGAGCAGUCAUGGAACCUGUCCAGGAUUCACAAUACUUUCACAAUCCACGUCCAAAAUGAUGUGAGCCUACAAGAAGAUGCCAUCUUUUGGAGACAGAAACGUAGGUCAUUCCAUAUCGACUUGAAUCUUCAAACAUCCCUCAAGCUUGAACAGCUUGAGUUGCAUCCGCAAUAUCUGUGGGACGAGUUCCAUUUGGCUUUCAUCGCCAGCAACCCUGACAAAUCUUAUCCUGCCAGGCUGAAGUUUCUAAUCCGCGAUAGCGACAGUAACUUCAGUGAGAGCUUUCCUCUAACCCUGACGUUAGGAUGGGCCAGUUCGCAUCAACAGCCCUUUGCUUUACUUUACGGGUCUGAAGAGUUGGUAGACACUACUAGGCUGGCGAUCAGGAACGUCCCCCCGGACAACUUCCCAGACCUUGUUAAGGACGAUAUCGACUGGAUUAGUUCGAACAAAAAGAGCUUCGAAAAGGCACUCUCAAGAAUCAAUACGAACCCUGAAUUCCAAGCUACGGAGGUACAGUUUGUCACUCGGAAGAUAAUGGUUCUGUACUGUGGCUUGCACAAGGUUUCAGCUUUCGUCGCUACAUUCAGGGUCGAAUUAGAGACGCGGCAGAAUCACAACAACAGAAUCACCUACCAUGCUUCUCUUUCUGGUAAGAUCUCGAGAAUGGAGGGCCGCAUUGCCAUGUUGGCUUUGAAAUCAACAUAA